AUGAACAUGAAUGGCUCCAGCAGCGACGAGGAACUGGCCUGUUCUGGUGUAUUAAAGACACCGGAACGGCCAUUGAGAAGGUCCCAGCGUAUUGCUGGAACACUCAACGCUCCGUUGCGCUUGAGUGAGUCUAGUAAUGCGAGCUUGGAAGAGCCUGGCUCAAUUACUGUAAGCCGACCAUCGUCGGUUUGCAGCGAGUCGAGCCAGGCUAGCAGCAGCGAUGGCAUUGGAAACUGCCUAACGGCCGAAACGCCGUAAGUUUUCCCUAAUGUGUUUGGCCUAAUUAGUCGAUUUGUGUUCUUACUUUUCAAUGAACUAUGGUAUUUAAUUAUCAUUGUUAUUUAUAUAGAACUUGUGAAAUGACUAUUAUUUGUUAUAGAAUUGUACCAUUCAAAGACGUAGUAAGGUUUGUACGUCAACAAUACCAUGGAAACACCCCGAGAAGAUCAAAGUCCCCGUCACGAACCCUCCGCCGUUCCCUCCGCAAUGCAGCCGGCCCAUCCUCAUCGUUCCUCGAUGAUCUACCUAAAGCCGAAUCCGGCUUCAACGCCAAAAUACGCCAGCAAAUGACGUAUUAUACAACAUACGAUCAGAGAAAGUUAAGGAAAGAGCUGGCAGUGAAAGGCCAGGGCAAGUCAACGCCGGAAGGAUUGAAGAAGCCGGUCUACGACUUAAUGAAUCCAGCUUCAGUGGACCGAAAGUUUGUGGAUGACUUGGCAGAAAUGCAUCUUGAAAAUGGCACGGAGCCAGGAGAACCAGAAGUAGCAACGGCUGAAGGCUCGCAAUAUUUGCAGCGCCAACUCUUCAAUAAAUUGUAG